AUAGCAGAAGGAAGCAUUAAAGUAAGCUUGCGAAAAUCGUGCACCACAUAAAAAACGCCACCACCACCGACGAAAGAACCGUGUGCGUGCAUAAGGGGACGGUGCAACUUUCCUUUACUGCGGCGUUUUUGUCGGUGGAUUCGGUUUUUUUGGUUUUCUGUUCCGUUUUUUCCUCUUUUCCCGCCUUAAUAACACGCUCCCCGGUUCCCCGGUUUCGUGGAUGCGCCACCCGACGUCAUCCUCUUCCGCUUCAGUUUUUUCCACCGCACGGAAGUUUCAUCGGUAUCCGGUGCAACAGUGCCAGAUUCCCAGUGCCAGACCGCAAUCAACCGUCGCUGCGUCGCGUCACAGAGACGGGCAGUGUUAUCCACCUUGUUGGAGUUUUUCAUCGGCAGUGGAGCCCCUCGAGCAUCAUCACUAGAUGGCGGAACCCGUUAAACUUUCCCACCGUACCCGUAAACGCGUCCGGGAAGUAAAGCGUAAAGCGAGACCUGUGUAUUAGCGGGGAUUAGUGGAAUUGUUUUUGCAGAUGCUAAAUUCAGAAACCGCUCGAUAAGAGACACCAGUCAACCAACAGAAGAAGAAGAGAGAGAGAAAAAACACAGCAGCCAACAGAACCACAAACAUCUGUGUGUGUCUGACGUUUCCGAUGAAGGAAUCGGCGGGGGAUGACUUUGAAAUGCAAUGCAUACAAAAACCUUCUGGAUGCUUCGUCGAUACAUUCCGACAACAGCAAGACUCCUUUCCGGGGGUUUCCCCACAGACAAAGGCGCGCACGGAUGCAUUUUACCCAUCCCACCCUCGCCGGCGGAUGCUUUACAAUGACACCUUUCUGUCAGCGAUAGCUUAAAAAUUGUAGCAGAUUAAGGUGAUAGGUUUUUUUCUGUGCAUUGCAGUUAAUAGCCAAUUCACCAUGUCUCGAAAGAGUCAAGGUGACUGGGCGCAAUCUGCUUGCAAGCCGAAGGUUAUGCACAUUUUUAUCUUGCGGUACGUGAUGCAAGCUUGUUGAAUGUGUCUACUACCAAUGUGAAGUAAAUAAUAAUAAAAUACAAGUUAAUAGCGGAAAAAAGAAAAAAAAUUCAAUGAAGAAAAUGUUCUACAAAUAAUGAAGAUUAAUUUAGAAGCUGAUCAACACUUAAUAGACAAUACAAAAUAAAUGUAGAUGAUUUAAUCAUAGUUACUGAAGACAACAAAAACAACCCGUAGCUUGACAGGUGAUAUUGACGCCCUUCAUUGCACGAAAUCCUAUCCGGAUUUAGUGGCAUCUUUCGAAAAGAAAAAGUAGUCAUAAAGAUUCUGCCGCCUGUUGAUGCUAAAAUAGAGAUAAAUAUUUAGGGGAGGCAAAGAAAUAGAAAAUUAUAAAGAAAACAGAAACUACGGAAUAUAAAGCUUGUGAUCAGGAAUUGACAGGAAAAUCGUGUUAUAAGAAAUAAGCUCUACAAUUAAUAAGACCUAAGACUAAGACGAGUAAUCUGUAAACAUUAGUAAUAUAUUAAUUUACCAUUUAAGUAAACAAAGUUGAAUGUGAUUUGUUACAUUCCCUCUCGCACCAUCUACUACAGAACUGUCAGACAAAUCGGCAUGGGUACAGCUCGGGUAUCAUGAAGCAUUCGAAACGUACAGCCAGUUUGUGGACAAUGUGGAGCGUAUCCACGUGGACAAGGUGGGCCCGAGAGAGUUUAUCGAGCGGUUCGAGCGCAUCUAUCAACCGGUGGUCAUUGAGGGCAUGCAGGAUGGGUGGAAGGCACGCCACAAGUGGACACUGGAGCGACUGGCAAAGAAGUAUCGCAACCAGAAGUUUAAGUGUGGUGAGGAUAACGAUGGUUACAGUGUGAAGAUGAAGAUGAAAUAUUACGUCGAAUAUAUGCGCAGCACUACGGACGACAGUCCGCUGUACAUAUUCGACAGCAGCUUUGGUGAGCAUCACAGACGCCGGAAGCUGCUGGAAGAUUACGAGGUACCGCUCUACUUUCGGGACGAUCUGUUUAAGCAUGCCGGUGAGGUACGUCGACCACCGUACCGGUGGUUUGUGAUGGGACCGGCCCGAUCCGGUACAGGCAUACAUAUCGAUCCGCUCGGUACGAGUGCCUGGAAUGCGCUGGUGCACGGCCACAAACGGUGGUGCCUGUUCCCAACCCACACACCGAAGGAGCUGCUAAAGGUGACCGGUUCGAUCGGGGGCAAGCAGCGAGACGAAGCGAUCACGUGGUUUAGCUUGAUCUAUCCGCGCACGAAACAACCGGACUGGCCCAGUGACUGUAAGCCGCUUGAAAUAUUGCAAAAACCAGGCGAAACGGUAUUCGUACCGGGUGGCUGGUGGCAUGUGGUGCUUAACCUGGACGAUACCGUUGCCGUCACGCAAAACUUCUGCAGCCGCACCAACUUCCCGGUGGUAUGGCACAAAACGGUACGCGGCCGGCCAAAGCUAUCGAACAAGUGGCUCAAGGUGCUGCAGGCGGUCGAACCGGACCUCGCCAAAAUCGCAUCCGAAACCGAUAUCGGACAGAGUACGGGCGUUGCGUCGGACAGCUCGAGCAACUCUAGCUCAUCGUCUUCCAGCUCGAGCAACUACGACGACAGCGACUGUGAAUCGAACACCGACAGUGGCCAAGAGUCGCUUUCGGCGCAUAAAUCAAAAAAGCAUAAAAAAUCGAACGUCAUCAACGAUGGUGAUAGUGCCGUGGACAAUUCGCUGAAUGAUUUCCCACUCUAACCCCCGAUACGACAGCGUUGCGCAAGGAGUUUGGAGUUUUGUUUUGAUUUUUUCGCUUCCUUUUUUUGUUUUCAGUUUUGAAUAUAGUUUUUUUCUUCCCUCUUCUAAUUAUUCGAAUGUUUUUUUUUUAAAUACAUAAACAUGCAAAGCGCCAACUUUUUCUCAAUCGGACAAUCGGUCGAACAUUUUAUGCGACCAGUGAAAAGAAGAAAAAAAGGAGGAAAAUUCAAAGAGUUAUGAUAUCUGAUUUCUCUUAUCAUUUUCAGCAUAGUAUUACCAAAAACGUCGUGUUUUUGCUUACGUUUGCCGUAUGUUUAUUUAUGCGUGACGGAUUUAAGAAUCGAAGGAAUUGGGCACGUAGAACAAUGUAGAAUAAUUAAUUCAAUUAUAGACUUUAAAAGCAACGGUACGUACCGCGCAACAGAAAUCAAGGGAUGAUGUGAUGUAAAAAAAAAGCAAACCCACGUGCAUGUACUGCGUACACGAUAUGCAGUGCAAUCGAAGGAAAUGAAGAAGAGGCUCUUGUCAGGGUUGCGAUUAGUGGGUGAAAGGCGGCAAUGAGAAUUUUCCUGCCGUAUUGAACAAGAGCGAGAAGAAAAUAAUCAAGUGACACACUGCGGGCAAAACAAUUCAAUUCCAAUGAACCAUCAUUAUCGACUGAAUGGAAGAAGAAGAAGAAAAAAAGAUGUAAAAGAUACUCUGUAAUGCGUUACAAGCGCCAGCCCAAGGGGGGGUGGAAGGGGUUCAGACGUAGAAUUUCACAAACGAAACAUUUGCAUGUAAUCAGCGGUAUUGUGCCUUUUGUGACGAAUAGGGUGAAAUAGCAAAACACACUAACAAAACAAAACAAAACAAACGGAACAAACAAGCAAAGAAAAAGCAACAACAAUGGCGGUAUGUUUUGUAGCGCGAUAUGCCGUCUUCUAAUAUUAAGUAGCUAAUAUUACAUACCACCCCCCUUGUACGAAUGGAACAUAAACUGGUACUGAUUUAAAAAGCAACAACAAAAAAAUCCUCUCAAAACGAUCCUCCGUAAUAGCAUACAAACAAUGAACUCUAGAGAAAUAGGAAUUAGAAUUUUGUUAGUUUGUUUCCCAAAAUGAGUUAUCUUUCUUAAGCUUGCAUUCAGUUGUCACAAUACAUCUUUACAACAUAACUACAACAAAUAGCGAAAUCAGAGAUAAAUCUGUACUUUAAUAUGAAACUAUAAACUUUGUGAAAGAAGCGUUUUCGAGAGGCGUGUGUGGCCGAUCGCGGGCGCACGAUACAACGACCAUUCACAAACAUUAAACUAAUGACCAAGCUAUACGAUUAUAGUAUAACAUGCAAUGCAACUGCUGGCAAUAUGGUGUAGUAGGGAGAUUGUUAAGUAAUCGGCAAAGUGUGACCGAGGAAACGCAUGCUACUAAACCGGAGUUUUUUGUACAACCUAUCGUAGUCAAUACAAAGCAAAAUCAGGCUGCCCCCCCACCCUCCUCAACAAUAAGCAAACAAUGAAAACGGUACAUAAUUCCUGAAAUUAUAGUUAGGAAGAAACAAAGGAAAUAGGAAAAUGAAAUAAAUGAAUUAUGCCAAUGGAAACAA